CAGAGCUCUUAAGCAGAGCCACAGGAGAAGCACGCAGUGAUCGUCUUGCAACCUGGUGUGGAUCCACGCGAUGUCUCCGCAGGCCUGCUAGCUGCCCCCUCUGGGAGUGUGGAGAAAAUGCCCAGAUUUCGGCCCCUGGAGUGGCUGAGGGAGGGCCGGGGCUCCCGGCGGCUGGUCCUGGUGGUGGUGUGUGUGGCCCUGCUGCUGGACAACAUGCUGCUCACCGUGGUGGUGCCCAUUAUCCCGACAUUCCUGUACGCCACGGAGUACGAGAAGCAGGACCCCUCCCCGGCCUCCAGCCCAAGUCCGCCGGUGACCCAGCGGCCCACUGAAGAGGCCUUCUCCACCAUCCUGUCCCGCUUCGACAACGCCACCUACAUCCUGAGGGUCUCCGCCGCCAACCGCUCGGAGCCGCCCUCGGCCCCGCCCUCGGCCCCGGCCCCGCCCUCGGCCCCGCCCCGCCCGCCCGCCGGCCCCUCCCCCAGCGCGGCGAGCGCGUGCGCGGUCAACGGCGAGUUCCUGGAGCAGGAGAACGUGCGCGUGGGCCUGAUGUUCGCCUCCAAGGCCAUGGUGCAGCUCCUGGUCAACCCCUUCGUGGGGCCGCUCACUAACAGGAUUGGAUACCACAUACCUAUGUUCGCUGGGUUCGUCAUCAUGUUUGCAUCGACAAUAAUGUUUGCCUUUUCGGGAACCUAUGCACUACUGUUUGUGGCCCGGUCUCUGCAAGGCAUCGGAUCCUCUUUCUCCUCCGUGGCAGGACUGGGGAUGCUGGCCAGCGUAUACACCGAUGACGACGAAAGAGGAGUUGCCAUGGGGAUUGCCCUGGGUGGGCUGGCCAUGGGUCUUCUCAUUGGCGCGCCGUUCGGGAGCGUCAUGUACGAGUUUGUGGGGAAAAGUGCCCCUUUCCUCAUCCUAGCCUUCCUGGCCAUAUUUGACGGAGCAUUACAGCUCUGCAUACUUCAGCCAUCAAAAAUAUCUCCAGAGAGUGUGGAGGGUACUCCUUUAUUGACCCUGCUCAAAGACCCCUACAUCCUCAUCACUGCAGGCUCGCUGUGCUUCGCUAACAUGGGAGUGGCCAUAUUAGAGCCGACCCUGCCCAUUUGGAUGUUGCAGACCAUGUGUUCGGAAAAGUGGCAGCUCGGCAUGGCCUUCCUGCCGGCCAGCAUCUCCUACCUCAUCGGGACCAAUUUAUUUGGGAUGUUAGCAAAUAAAAUGGGAAGGUGGCUAUGCUCCAUGAUAGGGAUGGUAAUUGUUGGAAUCAGCCUCCUCUGUGUCCCUUUUGCAACAAGCAUUUAUGGUCUCAUCGGUCCAAAUGGUGGUCUGGGGUUUGCCAUCGGUAUGGUAGAUUCGUCCAUGAUGCCGAUAAUGGCGUACCUCGUGGACAUUCGGCAUGCGUCUGUGUACGGCAGUGUCUAUGCCAUCGCCGACGUGGCCUUCUGCUUGGGAUUUGCGGUUGGUCCGUCGAUGGGGGGCGCCAUCGUGAGAUCCAUCGGGUUCCCCAACCUCAUGGUGAUCAUCGGCAUCAUCAACAUCCUGUACGCCCCCCUGUGCUGGUUCCUCAGGAGCCCCGCCGCUCGGGAGGAGAAGAUGGCCAUCAUUAACCAGGAGUGCCCUAUGCAUGUGAAGAGCUACAACACCCAGAGGGACAGUCGCGAGUUCCCCCUGAGUGAGGACAGCGAGGGGGAGCCAGACGAGUGACCCGGUCCCUCCACACUCACACACACACACUCACACACACACACACACACUCACACACACACACACCUACACACACACACACACCUGCACACACACACACUCACACACACGCACGCACACACACUCACACCUACACGCACACUCACACACACAUACACACACACACACCUACACACACACUCACA